AUGCUAUACGAGGAGCGAGGUCGUCUCUGUUAUAGAUACGAUGCCGAGCAAGUCUGGAUCGAACCUUGGGGUGACAACGCCCUGAGGGUACGAGCGACAAAGUUGAGCACCAUGCCAGGCGAGGACUGGGCUUUGGAACGGAAAACAGAACCGCGGUCAAGCAUAGAGAUCUCCGAAGAUGGCGGGACGAUCUCCUGUGGCAAGAUAAAGGCAUGCAUCACCAGUGGGGGGAAGAUAACUAUGCGCAACAGGAAUGGCGAUGUUCUGCUCGAAGAAUACGCACGGAACCGGCGAGAUGUGCUUGAUCCCAAAUGCAGUGCCAUUGAAGUGGAAGCACGCGAGUUCAAACCAAUUCCUGGCGGGGAUUAUCACCUAACGAUGCGCCUUGAGAGCCUUGAUCCGAACGAAAAGAUCUUUGGUAUGGGUCAGUAUCAGCAACCUCAGCUUGACCUCAAAGGCCACGACCUUGAAUUAGCACAUAGAAACUCACAAGCCAGUGUACCCUUCGCACUCUCUUCGUGUGGGUACGGAUUUCUGUGGAACAAUCCAGCCAUCGGACGGGCAGUUUUAGGGAAGAACAUCAUGAGUUUCGAAGCUUACUCUACGAGAUCUCUGGACUAUUGGGUUGUCGCUGGCGACACACCGUCCGAAAUUGUAGAAGCAUAUGCAAACGUUACCGGAAAGGUGCCCAUGAUGCCCGAAUAUGGCCUAGGAUUCUGGCAAUGUAAGCUUCGUUACCAAACGCAAGAGGAACUUCUUGAAGUUGCUCGAGAGUAUCGACGAAGACAGUUACCAAUUGACUUGAUUGUUGUCGACUUCUUCCACUGGCCUAAACAAGGUGAAUGGAAGUUUGAUCCAACAUACUGGCCCGAUCCUGAUGCAAUGAUCAGAGAACUCGCCCAGCUGAAGAUUGAGCUGAUGGUAUCAAUCUGGCCAACAGUCGAUAAGCUCUCAGAAAACUACCAAGAAAUGCUGGAGCACGGAUAUCUUAUUCGGGUCGACCGCGGGAUUCGAACCGCAAUGGACUUCCAAGGUGACACGGUUCACUUCGAUGCCACCAACCCAGCUUCUAGAAAGUACGUGUGGGAAAAGUGUAAAACCAAUUACUACUCCAAAGGCAUCAAAGUGUUCUGGCUUGACGAGGCAGAGCCCGAGUAUUCUGUGUAUGACUUCGAUAACUACAGAUACUAUCUAGGCUCCAACCUCAGCAUCGGGAACCUUUAUCCCCGCGAGUAUGCGAGGGCCUUCUUUGAAGGCCAGGAAGGAGAGGGUCAGAAAAACAUUAUCAAUCUGUUGCGUUGUGCCUGGGCUGGGAGCCAGAAGUAUGGCGCUCUAGUUUGGAGCGGUGACAUUGCCUCGUCGUGGCCGAGCUUGCGAAAUCAAAUAGCCGCUGGUUUGAACAUGGGAAUUGCGGGCAUUCCAUGGUGGACGACAGAUAUUGGAGGGUUCCAUGGGGGCGAUCCCACCGAUGCCAAAUUUCGCGAGCUCUUCGUCCGAUGGUUCCAAUGGGGUACGUUUUGUCCAGUGAUGCGGCUGCACGGCGAUCGCGAGCCACGACAGCCGCAGCACGGUACAACGGGAGGGGCCACUUGCCGUAGUGGAGCUGAUAACGAAGUGUGGUCUUACGGACCGGAGGUUUACAACAUAUGCAAGAAGUAUAUGGUGAUCCGGGAGGAGCUACGCGACUACACCAGGAGUCUGAUGAUGUAG